AUGGCAUCUUUGAGCUUUUUCCAGAUUGUUUGGAUAAUGGUACUGGUGAACUUCCCAACAGGCACAAUUGGAGACAAAGUUAAUAUUGGAGUUUCUUACCCGAGAUUUCCACCGGACGUACCUUCCCUGCCACAGGAAAUUGUCGACCUUUACAAAAAGUAUGGCAUAGGCAAAAUCAGAAUUCCUCCAAUUCCAGAUGUUUUAGAGGCACUGAGAGGCAGCGAUAUUGAUGUUGCUUUGGGGAUCCCAAAUGAGGAUGUAGAGACAAUGGCAACCAACUUCGAUUUCGCAACAUUCUGGUAUACACAAUUCAUUGAACCAUACGUCCAUGAUGUUAAGUUCACAUUCAUGAUCGUUGGAAACGAGGCAAUCCCUGGAGAAAGAGGAAGCUUUGUGUCUCCUGCGAUGAGAAAUCUUCAAACUGUUCUGGAUAACAAUGGAUUAGGAAGUAGCAUACAUGUGACCACCGCAGUUAGCACAAAUGUCUUGGACUUUACAAUACCACCAUCAGCUGCAGAAUUCACGAUCGAGGCCCUGAAUGAAGGGCUUGAUAAAGUUGUUGAGUUCUUGCAAUAUGUUGCCUCGAAUGUCCUGAUGGUCAAUGUGUACCCUUACUACGACUAUGCAGCCGAUCCAGCCAACAUUCGCCUGGAUUUUGCUCAGUUCACAGCAAACGAGGCAGUGAUAGUAGAUGAUACCUUGAAUUAUACAAACUUGUUUGAUGCAACCCUGGAUGCAUUCUUCUGGGCACUGGAACGAGCAAACGGAUCCGAUGUACGUUUGGCGGUGGCCGAGACAGGUUGGCCUACUGCUGGGAAUGGAAACGUUACAACUACAGCUCUUGCAUCUACAUACAACAACAAUCUUGUGAAACAUGUGGUGAACUACAAUGGUACGCCCAAGAAGCCUGGGCAGGGUGGCUUGGAUGCUUUCAUUUUUAGCCUGUUUGAUGAAAAUACAGACCCUGAUAUGGGUAGACGAAAAUUUGGAAUCUUCAAUUCUAACCUGGAACCUGCUUAUCCGUUAUUUAGUGCAAAUGGGAAUAAGCAUUUUUAA